UCUCUGCUUCUCGCCUGAUCCCAAUGCAGUUUGUUGCCGCUGCCUGAAGCGGUCACUGCCUCUCUCGUUUCCCUUCCCAGAAGUUCGAGAAAACAGCUUUUUCUCAGUGCUCUCUGCUUAUUUCUCGGUGGUUUUGCCCAACCCUCAGCGCUUCCUCGGCAUCUUGCAGAGCGGAGAAUCCUCCCUGAACUUACAAAGCCAAGAGGAGUGCGGGGGAGAAAACUUUCGCUGGAAAGCUCCCUGAGAAGCUGGCCACCUCCGUGGGAUGUCUGCGGUGGACCUGCUUUCCUCCAGCAGCUCUUCGGAUCUUCCCAGGCGAUAGCAGCUCUGUGGCACGGAGCAUCCCUGCCGAGCGGGCAAAGGACGCGCGGGGAGCAGCGAUGCCGUAGGGAUCGGUCAGCGGGGCAGGGGGAGGCAGCACCCCACGCCAUGUCCCUCCACCGCCGAGCACCGGGGUUGGCUGUCAGAGAAACCUUGGAGGUCCCCUGCUCCGUAGUGUCAUGAGUUAGAUUAGUUGGAGCUGUGCUGGGGGCGGCGAGGGCUUGGAUUACAGUCCAGGACUCAAAGUGCUUCAGUGGUUCACGUCGGAGGGGAGAGAGGAGACGCCCCGUCGCACACAUGGAGGAAAAAGAGAAAAAAAGCCACUUUUGGAAGUGAGGGGGGGGAAAAAGGAGGCCGGGAACAUGGACUCGGAGUCGCUGGACGGCUGCAUUCAGAGCACGUUAUCAGCUCUCUACCCUCCGUUCGAGGCUACGGCCGCCACCGUGCUGUGCCAAGUUUUUGAUGUGGUGGAGAAGACGUACCGUGGGGAUGGACUGCGCUACCUCAUAGACUUCCUGAUUCCAGCCAAGCACAUCCUGCAGUGCAUUCAGCAGGAUGCCUGUGUUCAGUACUGUGGCUUGCUGUUUCGCCACGAGGGCUGGCCCCUGUGCAUUCACGAGAAGAUUGUAGUCCAGCUGGCUUCCAUUGACUGGCGAAUCUUGAAGCCUGGUGACUUCUACCUGCAGGUGGUUCCCUAUCUGAAGAAGUCUCCACGGAUCGUGUUGAAGUGUUUAGCAAAAGACAAGCACAAUGUAGAAGAAGUCGUGAUUCCAGAAGUUUCCUAUACCUCUAUUUUUACUCUGGAAUGGUUGAGUACUAUCAAUGGAGAGCGGAUGGGUAUAGCACUGGAAAAUUGUUUACUGACCACUGAUGAUAAAAUAUUUCGUGUUCCCUGGGAUAACGUGGUUAAUCCGGAAUUUAUAAAUAAACCAAAAAUAAUUGAAAAUAAUACUGUCGCUCCAGAGACAACAGGGAAACCUUCACUUGUAUGUCUCCCCAUGGACCAUGCUGAGCACAGCUUACCAGACCUAGAAUCUCAGUGUCUACAGGAACAAAGUCCAAAUUGCAACAACCUGGUUGUUAGCAGCCCAGCUCCACAGUUAGGUGGAACUGUUGUCAAUGGUGUGUGUUCCAGUCCUGUUCCUGAGGAGGAUUUGCAAAGUGACCUUGAAGGGGAAUACGUUGAGCUCGCCCAAGUUUCACUGCCCCGCUUUGGACCACAGACAGGCUCGUUAACCCAGUCACUGGCUUUAAGUUAUCUGACUCAGCCUAGGACAAGAGUGAAUGCAUCUAAAGGCAAGCACAGGUUUAUUGUCAUUCAAGAUAGCACCUACUCCAAGAACUUAGUUCACUCAGCACUUAUGCAGAAGGAGCCCUGUCAGAUGGACGCUCUGAGCACUUCUCCAGGAGUUCUCAAAAAUGUAAUUCCUUUGGAAAGCAACCAAACGGCGGCAUGUGAAGAGCUGUCUCCAGAAGCUCAGCUGCUGCCAGGUGCUCCUGGGAGCAUGGGAAACAGUUUUCCUGCAACUGCAGCUCCUUCUUUUGGUGCGGAAGAUUCCCGUGCCGUGGAGCAGGAGGCCUGCAGUGAGUGCUCUGGUGAUUGGCAGUGUGCGCUGAGCGGCAGCGGUGACGUGUGUGCUGGAGAUGGUGUCAGCUGCAAAGCACAAAUGACUGGUUCUACUGGAAACAUGGAAUUAGAAAGCGAUGGUUCCAGCAUAAAUCCCGGUGUUGAAACGCUGGAGCAGAGCCCAGAAACAAAUCUAGAUGCUGCUGCUGAAGAGGAGCUUGUGGAGGAGCGUGGAGAACUGCUGACAGAGCAUCAAUGUGAGGUGACACAGGUGGAUCCUUCUCUUGGGUCUGUCCUGGGGCCUUUGGGACCGCGCUGCACACUGAAGGAAGGUCCCAAUGCUUCUUGCCAGAGUGCUGGUGAAAGUACUGCACCAGUCCAGGCCGCUGCAUUGCCUGCCACACCUGAGAGUUCAGCUGUGGGUGUGGGAAGAGGCUCUCCUUCAGGGAACAUGACAGAUGCAGCGGCAGUCCCAGCUUGUUGUGCUGAUCAGGAAACAAGUUGUAGCUCUCCAGUAAAUCCUCCAGAACAGCUGAACCGAGGAGAAGUAGGUGAAAUAGAGCAGGGAAGAAGAGAGAGCCCUGAGGAUGUCAAAGAGAUUGAACAAGUACAGGCUGUGAAGGAGCAUCAGAGUAGCUGUAGUUGCUGUUCUACCAACGCUCCUGUGGAUGGAGUGCUUUCAGAUGGUGAAGAGCAAGAAGUCCCUGCUUGUCAGCAUAAGGGAGCUGAAGAUGCCGUGCUGCCCCAAAGUGCACUGCCAGCAGAGAGCGAGCAGGUGGCAGAACAGUCAGGUACCAGUGGAUCUUUGCUGGGUCUUGAUGCUCAAGCAGAAGACUCGAGUCAGUUUGGAAGCCUCAAACCUGGAGAGAGGUGUGGGGAUCCAGGAGGAUGGACAGAAAACCACAGCCAUGGAAGUGAAGUGAACUGUGUGCUGAACCCAGAGUGUGUUUCAGCCCAGGACUUGCAGGGAGGGGAGGAGAACCAAGGCAGUUUUUCUGAUGUGGACAGGUCAAAGGCAGUAGCCUUAAAAACACUGGAAUCCAUAAAAGAGGAGCUGGAGGUUGGACCACUGUCCUCAGGACCUACUGAGGGGAGCAUAGAGCCCACUGCUCUGCACUCCCACCCGGAGGCAGUUCCAGAAGCAUCAUCUCCUAAAGGCAUGGUAUCGGACGGGGCAGAGGUGGUAAAAGAAGCAUCUGGCACAGAUGUUGUGUUGAAGGCAGCAGAUAAAGCCUGUGCCCUGGAGGAAACCUCCGCACCUGUUAGUCCCCCCACAUCCCCAGCUCCUGGGGCUGCUUGGGGCGGCCGCUCUGCACCUUCCAUAGUCAAGGAUGUGAACCCUGAAGUGCUCAGGAGCGGAGUCGCCUGCCUGCCUGGUACCAGAGAUAAGUCAGGACGUGCGGUGGCAAUAAUAACAACAAGGAACACAGCCUGGUUAAACCCUCACUGCAACACCACUGAGCUGGUUCGCCUCCUCCUGUACCUGCACAGCAUCCCGAGACCUGAGUGUCAGGCUUUGGGUCUGACUGUUCUUGUGGAUGCUCGUCGCUGUUCGCCGGUUCCUGCUCUCUUCAAGGCAUUCAGCAUUUUGCAGGACAUGGAUCCUCAUUGUAUUCAUGGAGUACUGCUGCUGGUUGAAAGAGAUCUGACUUUUCGGAUGGAGAAGCCAGCAGCAGGACAGUUUGAAAUUCUCACCUCCAUGAAAUCCCUCCAUAAGCACAUAGACAGCUCACAGCUGCCUCUGGAACUGGAAGGGACCUUCCCGUACUGCCACCGGGACUGGUUGAGUUUCCGUAUGAAACUGGAACACUUGCUACAAGGAUGCCAAGGGGCUUGUGCCUUCCUCCAGGGAGCCAUUCAUAAAGUGGAAUCUGGAAAAUUACCAGAAAGAGCUGAGGAGGCUGCUGUGCUGCUGAGGAACUACAGGCAGCUGAUGAAGAAUGUUCUGGAGGAUGCACGGCUGGUCAGGCUGCAGCUGGAGGGUGGAGCACUGCUGGCCAGGCUGAGGAAGGAGGAGUCUUGUGUCACCCUCACCCAGGACUACAGGGACGCGCUUGAUGCUGCUGGUGUGCUUUAUAAUCGAGUUGAUGAGGGCGUUCACCGCCUGGUGAUGGCGUCAAAUAAACGCAUCCAGGAGCUGGAGCUGGUGAUGGAGUUUGAGAAGGUGGAAGAAUGUUUCAAGGAGGUCAGCAGUUGGAUUGAGAAUGUUGGCAGGAAAAAGCUGAAGGAGAUGAUCAACCUGGACGAUUCUCUGGAGAUGCUGCUUCAAGCACAGAAGCAGUUCAGGGAGUUUGAUCUUGUUGCCAGUGAAUGUUGCAGAAGGGGACAGGAAGCACUUAAGAAGAUGGAUCGUUGGGAAGACUUUACCUCUGUGGAUGUCCAUUCUUACAGAGCGAAGCUGCAGACCUACAGAGAUCAACUGGAAGAAUUCUGCACUCAACUGGACGAAAGUAGGCAUCGAGUCUGCGAGACAGUCAGGCUGUAUGAGUUCUUUGACAAGGCGUACGAGUGGGCCUUGGAAGGGAUGCGGCACCUCGCCUGCAUCAGCAUGGAGGAGUGCAGCUCCGCAGAGCACUGCGCCGGGGUCAUCAAGUGCCUGGAGAGCUACAAGGAGCAGCACCCCGACAUCAGCGAUGCUCGCUUCCAGGAGAUGAAGGAGCUGGCCUGCGAGCUGAAGAGCGACAAGGGACUCAAGCAGUGGAAAUUCGCAUGGUCCAAAUGCCAGGAGACCAAGCUGGUUUUUGAAAAGAAGCUGGAAGCGGCUUUGAGAACCAGGAGGGCACUGCUGUUAGAGCAGCCGCAGGUGGGCAGCGAGGCUGGCGGCGUGUCUCACCGCAGGCAUUCGGAGGGGGCUGCCCCAGGUCCGCAGUGGGACAGAACUCCUGGCACGUCCCACGGCCGGCCCAGUCGCUCCUCGGGCUGGGCUAAAGAGAAAGCUCCCUCGGCCUCCCUGAGCUGCCCUGGUGAUUUCGGUGCUGGGGAAGAAUUUGCCUCCCAAGCUGCUCUCGUGGCUGGGCCUCACGUUGGCAGAGUUUCUUUUGGAAGCGGGGCCUGCAAGUCACCAAAACUGUCCGAGGAGAAGACAAACCUGGAGAGCAUCUUAGAAACGCUGGAGAUGAAGCCAUCCUGUGCCUCCACUCCCACUUCUGGAAAGCUGCCUCCCAAGAGGAUGCUGCGUAAGGCCCAAAGCUUCGACCUGCCCUGCGGCGAGAGCCUGUGGUCGGGCUGCCAGAGGACGCUGAGCGAGCCGGCCAGGUACGGCAACACCGGUGUCUUCAUCAAGGGGCUGGAGGUGAGCAGCACGGAGCUGGUGGACAGGACAUUUGCACUGCGGCAGCUGGAGGGACAGCGGGGCUGUGGCUCUGCAGAGGCCAGGAGCUGGGGCAGCAAGCUGCGGCACAUCAUCGAUGAGAUGGUGACCACGGAGCGGGAGUACGUCAGGUCGCUGUGCUACAUCAUUGAAAGCUACUUCCCUGAGAUGGAGCGCCUGGAUCUGCCCCAGGACCUGCGGGGGAAGCGCAGCGUCAUUUUUGGGAACCUGGAGAAGCUCUAUGACUUCCACAGUCAGUACUUCCUGCGAGAGCUCGAGAGCUGCUGCAACCACCCGCUGCGCGUCAGCCACUGCUUCCUGCGGCACAAAGACCAGUUUGGGAUGUACGCCUUAUACAGCAAGAACAAGCCAAAGUCAGACUCGCUGCUGGCCAGCCAUGGGAACACCUUCUUCAAGUUCAAGCAGGUGCAGCUGGGGGAUAAGAUGGACCUGGCCUCCUACCUGCUGAAACCCAUCCAGCGCAUGAGCAAAUAUGCCCUGCUCCUGAAGGACCUGAUCAAGGAGUGCAGCGAGGCACAGGAGCAGGAGCUAGGCUACCUCCGGGCAGCAGAGGAGAUGGUGAAGUUCCAGCUGCGGCAUGGGAAUGACUUGCUGGCCAUGGAUGCCAUCCGUGACUGCGAUGUGAACCUGAAGGAGCAGGGGCAGCUGGUGCGGCAGGACGAGUUUGCCAUCUGGCUGGGCCGCAGGAAGUGCCAGCGCCACGUCUUCCUCUUUGAGGACCUGAUCCUGUUCAGCAAGCCCAAGAGGAUCGAGGGUGGCUUUGAUGUGUAUAUCUACAAGCGCUCCUUCAAGACUGCAGACAUCGGUCUGACGGAAAACUCUGGGGACAGUGGGCUGCGUUUUGAGAUCUGGUUCCGAAGGCGGAAAUCCAGCGACACUUACAUCCUCCAGGCCAGCUCAGCUGAGACCAAGCAGGCCUGGACCAGUGACAUUGCCAAGAUCCUGUGGCAGCAGGCAGCCCGCAAUAAAGGUGUGAUUCCUUCCCAGGGCGUCUGUGCCGCAAAAGAAAUCCGCAUGCAGGAGAUGGUCUCCAUGGGUGUGGGCAACAAGCCAUUCCUGGAUAUCAAACCCAGUGAGGCUGCUAUCAAUGACCGUGCUAUUGACUACAUCAUGAAAGGCAGAGCUGCCAGGACCAGAGCAUCGAUCGCAGUGUCUCUCUUCGACCAUUCCAACCCCUACAAGAGGACGCAGGCGCAGCUCUCUGCUGGCAGCACCCCUGCUGCGUAUGGCCCGUCCUCCUCCUCACUGCUGGGGCCCCUCAACCUGCACAUGUACCUGGACCAGGCACUGCUGCCCGGUGUCCUGGCCCCCCGGCGCCCCUUUGAUGUCAGCCCCUGCAUUGAGGAAGAUGAGCUGGAGCACGAGACGAGCAGCCAGCCGUCACUGACCACAGAGAGCUCCGAGUCCUCGCACUGCAUGUCAGGCAGCGGCUCCAGCGGCUCCGACAGCGGCUGUGUCUCCAGCAUCCCUCAAGAAAGCUUCUGUGAAGACGUGGGUUCGCCCCCCUACGUGCCCCUGGGCUCACAGCACAGCUCUGCGAUGGAGGGCAAAGCUCGGUUCACGAACAGCCAGUACAUUUCUGCAGUAAGUGCAAGCAGCCAAAGCUCUCUCUUCGCUCUGCCCGUUCCCGCCGCUGCCUCCCCGGUUCAAGGCACUGCCUCUCACGUGGGGACUGAAGAUGCUGCUUUUGGGCUGGGAGUCGCUGUGGGGAAGUGACGCUUCCUCCUGCAGAGACUCGCCUCUUCUGGGGCAGGCGAGAGCCCCCGUGUUGUGAGAGCCUCACCUUCGGUGACCGAGAUCCCUGAGGAGGUGCACUGGAAAGGAUCUGCAGUGCUGGAGGCUGCGUUGGGAGGGGAUGCUGCACAUCCUGGGGUUGAAUGGAUGGAGCUGUGCCGCGGGUGCUGCUGAGCUCCUUCCCUGGGAGGUGUGGGCCUUCUGUGGGGAGCGAUGAGAUGGAGUGGUGGGGAAGAAUGGCAGCCUGUUGCUCUGUGAUGUAACUGCUUCUCUUAGUUCCUGAGGGUUCUCAGCCACCUCCAUUCCCACUAGCUUGUGUCCUGACGCUGUUGUCCUCUAACUCCGUACUAAUGCUGGCUUCUCUCCUCUGCAGAAAGCAGGCCAGGCUACCAUAAGUCCCUCGACAGUAGUGUGAUCCCCUCUGCACACGUAUACGGCCUAAGGAAGUGGAGUUGUUGUAAGUAGCUCCUAAAGGGGAUUUUCCAGCUGCUCCAAGUGCUGGUCAGAUUUGGUAGGAGCUCUGAGACAGGAGGCCUCACCCUCUAAUUCCCCUGAGAAGCUUUCCACACACAUUCCUGACCAGUCUCUGAGGCUCUCAUUGAUCUGGUUAGAGCUGACCAACUCCCACAGCCAGAGCCAUCACCUUAAAUAACAGGUCUGAUGCCUCUGGUUUGAAGGAGCAGAAACAAAACCAGCAGAACCAUGUUCAGGUAGCAGAGGUUGAGCACCACCUCGUUCAUGCGUCAGUGCUCAAAAAUGAGCUUCUCUGCUCUCAGUGCUGUCCAGCUAUCUAACCACUAACCUGUUUCUUGUGGCUGUUUGCUAAAUUCCUGCUCUUCCUUUUGUCCUACUGAGCUGCCUUGAGGGGGAGUCCAUGGUGUUCUCCCCAAGCUGGAUUUAUCCCAGUUUCCUUUGAACCUCCCGAGGAAACCGCAGGCAGCACCAAUCACAGGAUGCUGCUGGGUCGUGGGCAGAAAGUCCUGAGGGAACCACCAGAUGUUGUUCCCCAGGAUCAGGGCUUGAAUAGGCAAGGCCCAGGGUGACGGAUGGUGGAGCGUUCUGCAGGUUGGGGCGUUGCACUGCCCUACACAGCGCCAGCUGCCGAGGUUAAACUGGGGACCCCACCCCCUUUUGGGGCAGCUGGCAGACAGGGCCUUCUGAAGCAGUCACAGCUGCAGUGGGGUUUGCUGGCCCGCUGCAGUGACAGCAGCACACGGCCUUGAGUGAGUCCUGAGGCACGAGGGCAGCUCUGAGCCUGGGGAGCAGAGCCUCCACAGAGGCUCCUCCACCAAACGCUCCUUCUGCACUGAAACGCAGCUCUGACAAACCGUGGCUUUAAAGCAUUUUGUGAGCUCACAGCUGGCCGGGCUGGGGAGCUGCAGGAUCCUGCCACCUCACGGAGUGCAGCCAGUCUAACCAUUGCACGGUGCUGUGUUCCAGGUUUGAUUGCCAUUUCAAACUCACUGAAGACCCCAGGCCUCUGACCAGCAGAAGGAGACAGUCUUCACCCGUGAAGAUGUUUUUACACUUAAGCGGGCUCUGUCAGACAGCACAAAAGCUGACCUGUGGCAGGGGGAAGCCCAGGAAGGUUUCUGUCAGCUAUGCUUAUAGCUCUGGUGUUGGAUGGGACCUCGGGCAUUUGAAACUUGUUAGCCCUAUAUUUAUAAGUAAUAAGUAACAUAGCUGUUUGGAAAAAAAUGUAUUAUUUUUAAAGCUAUGUGCUGUACAGAUUUUUUGUUACAAGUGACCCUGUUACUAUUUGUUCUGUAAGCUGCACAUUUUAUAAAGUUUUUGGAAGGGCGAGAAACCAAGGUAUUUAAGAAAAGUAGAGUAACUUUCCGUUUCAGGGUUAUAUUGACCUGGAGCUCGAGCUUAAUGUCCUUCCUCAUGUUCUAAAUAUGUCUAUCAUAGCAAUAAUUUAUUUUCUCGGCUUAACACUCCUGUUUUAAUAAAAGCAAGUUUCAUUGUUA